UAGAGAAUCCACACAAUGGAGGUCGUAUGCAGGCGGGCAGUCUGUACACCGGUGGCGGCGAAACGAAGGCACGGCCUCCGUUUGGAUACGGGUUUCAGCACACCGACGUCCCUGUAAACAGCUAAUUUUAGCCGUGUUCUUAUUUGUCGUGUUACCGAAAGACAACCCGAGAGGAAGUCUCAAAAGAUGUGUGGUGUUGCUAGCGGCCGCUUCAUGUAUUUCGCUUUUGGGAGCAACUUGUUGAAGGAAAGACUGCAAUUGGCAAACCCCUCUGCGAUAUUUUGCACUACUGGUCGACUGAAGGACUACAAGCUGAACUUUGGCCUGUGGGAGAAUCACGUGGACAACGCUUGGCACGGUGGAGUGGCCACCAUUGAGUUUUGUCCAGGUGCAGAAGUGUGGGGGGUCAUCUGGACUCUGAGCAAUGAAAACCUCACAAGCCUCGACAACCAGGAAGGGGUGAGUCAGGGGGUGUACUCACCACUGGAGGUUUCAGUGGAGACUGACCAAGGGCCAGUGCUCUGCAGGACUUACCAGAUGAACAAUUUCCACGCCUGUCCUCCCUCUCCUCAGUACAAACAGGUGGUGUGUUUGGGUGCAGAGCAGAACGGCCUACCAGAGGAGUAUGUGAAGAGGCUGGAGGUCAUUCAGACCAACAACUACAGUGGACCCUCAAUACUUGAUCAAAUUAGUACAGCUACAAAAUAGAGUUUUAAAGUUUAUUCUUGAACUUUGAAAAAGCAGUUGACAAAAAAACCCUCACAAGGUCCAUUUAGUGGCCCUUCUGAGAGAACUAAAAACUGGAUAGAAAACAAAAUAGACUACUGAAAAGAAAAAGAAUGGAAGGUCCACUUACUAGCAAUUUCUGGGGCUUUCAAAAAAUGUCACUAUCUUCAUCAUGGCCUUCAUCCUGACAUAUGUGACAGUAAAGUAUUAAUAGUGGAAUAAUUAAAAUUUAGUAAUGUAAUAUGUAAUAUGUAAUAGUGAUGAUGAAGACCAUAAGAUGCAGCUGAAUGAGGAAAAAGCUAGUAAGGGGACAUUGAGGUAAGAUUUUCUUUGCCAAACUUCUAUUUCUUAAGUCGAGACAACACUGUUAUGUAGAAUUGUCACUACUGUGUGGCCAGAAGUUAAUAAUGCAUGCUCUUAAUGAUGAGACAUUUGGCUGAGGUCAACACAUGUUGUACUUUAUCUUUUAUUUUGAGCUGCUUUGGAGCAGUUCAUUUGAAAGGCAUCCUGACAAAUGUAUUUAAUUUUAGAGCCAUCACUACAGAAGACUUAGUUAUAUUUAGUUAAGUAGUUUAGUUUAGUUACUUAUUUCUCAGGGGAAUAUUAAACACAGAUGAAAACCACUAAGACUUGUCAACCAUUUAUUGCACUGCCUUUAUUACAACUUUAUCCCUUGUUCUGUUUC